UGUCAUCAUUGGGUUCUUCUUUCUUUCCAUUUUCUAACUUGCAUGAAUCUUUUUUUAAGACUAUGGCUUCUCCGUAGAGUUUGAUGACUGUAAAUAUGCUUUUCUACUUGCUUGCAUCACUUACGACACAAAAGCUACGGUUUUCAAAACUGUUAUCUCAUCCAGACAAAAGGUUGCGUUAUUGAGAAACAUGAUUUAGUUUUCCUUUGUGCAUUAUUAUUUUUUUCGAGAUUUUCAUCUAUGAUUGGUAAGGAAUUCAUAUAUAAGUUGCCUUAGGGCUUUUAUUGGUAAGAGAGCAUCGCGUGAUGUGUAUUAAGAUCAUGUCACGGGUGAAACCCUUCUGCCGACAAAUAUUAAAGUGAAGAAGGGUAGAUGGGUGUGCUCAUUAUCCCACAGUUUUGAACCUUAUGUCACUGAACCUCGAGGAUUUUUCGGUUAUAAAGAAAGGACAUAUAAGUUGGCUUGGUAAUAUCAUUAAUACUAUGAUUCUUGGGUUGCUUUUUGUUAGUAGAAGUCAUAAGUAUCUCCAAUAUACUUGGUUAUAUAGAAAGGACAUAUAAAUUGGCUAAGGGAUAUCUUAAAGUACCGUGGUUCUUGGGUUGCUUUUUGUUAGUACAAGUCAAAAGUAUCUUUCAUGUUCGUUCUUGUAAUGCAUUUUCUUCUAAAAGAAAUACUUGUAUGGAUGUAAACUUAUGCUGCAUAUUUCUUCUCCUCUCCUUGGAUAAUUAGCUGCUUAUUUGGCAUGUUUGGAAUGUGUGCUUUGGUCAUCACGUUAUCUGAUGGUUUUUUUUUAUAUCUUUUUGCUUAAGUGGAAAUUCUUUUGAACGUAAAGCAAUGGGGGAUUUUAAGUCACUUUCUCAAAGUUUAACAAUACAUUGUUAAUAUUAAUUUAACAAUGAUAAAAGUGUAAGCCAGUGGUUCAAAACGUUUUUCUUUUUAUGAUCUUGACAAAACUUAAAAGAGUAGCACUGAUGCACAUCUCACUCAGAGACUUCUUCCCUUUUCUCAAGAUGCUGAAACUGCUUUUGAUGUCUUAAUGGAUACACUCUGGCAUAAAACAGAGGAGUUCUCUUUUUAUCAUUCAGAUUCUUUCCUCUGUGUGAGUACUAGCAGCUGAAGAGUUCGAAAGCUGAUGAUGACCCAGAAAAAAAAAAUUAAAAUAACCUUAAGUGAUUAAAGUUCAUUCUGCAAAUUAUUAUUAUUUUUUGAUGUUAACACAAACUGUCGAAAUGGAUAGGUGGCAAUACUUCUGUUGUUUCCUAAUUUUUAUUUAUAAUCCGACUUCUGGAUGCGCUCUUGCAUCUGUUGUUCCCUAAAAUUCUUUCAAUUCAAUAUCUAGAUUGCUUGAUCAAGUCCGCAAAAUCUCUUGAGAUGGAAUAAUUAGCUUCAAUACUAUAUACUACUGUUCUUAUAUGUAGAAUCUCUACUUCUUGGUAUAACUCUUGUAUAUGGGAGAAUUUCACGUUAAUAAAAUUAUUUACCUAUUUGAAAUAUAUUCUUAUAUGUACUUCUUUGUGUAUCAGGUAAUGAGGAGCGGGUUCAGCUGAGAGAGAAUGAAAACUCAGAAAGGGAUGACACUGCAACUAAACUUGGUGGGGGAACAGGUAUUGAGGAUCUAGUUCAGCUCAGAGAGAAUGAGGACUCGGAAAGGGAUGACACUGCAGAUAAAUUUGGUGGUGGAAACGGACAUAAGGUGAAUCAUAUGGACCAAAUAAAGGGUCAAAAUCAUAGGGGUAAAGAAAGCAACUUAAUGAAGAUCAAGAAAGUUAGCCCAGAAGGUACUAAUUUCCCUGCCGAAGUUGGUGGAAAAUUUGCCGAUGGAUCUGGACCUUAUCCUCCGCUCAAGACUUUUGGUAUCUUAGGAAAAAGAAGCAAUGAUGGUAGUGUUAUUACAAGGGCUAGAGUUGAAGCUGAUGCUACAAGGGACAAUAAAUUGACUUCUGUAAAACAUGCCGAAGCUGAGCCCGCUUCUUUUGAUGACCUGAUUGACAAGAAAAAUAGCACACCUUCAGUAUCAAAUUCAGCGAGAAAGGAUCCAAAACCUCUCCUAAAGCUCAAGAAUCCUUGCCAUGAAAGUCAAAAUGCCUGGGCUUCUCCAGGAGAGGAGCAUAAAAGCGUGGUUAAGGGCCAGAGGUCUAAAAGAAAGAGAGCACCAGCCUUUGGAGAAAAAUCAUCAACCUGGGCUGAUGAAAAUUUAUCACAGCAAUAUGAAGACAAUACAAUGGAUGAGUUUUUGGAUGCUAACUGGAUACUGCAGAAGUUGGGAAAAGAUGCAAAAGGAAAGAGAGUGGAAAUUCAUCAUUCGUCUGAUAAUACCUGGCAUAUAGGGACAGUUGUAGAAGUUUUUGAAGGCUCACCUGUUGUGUCUGUUGCUUUUGAUGAUGGGAAGAAGGAGAACGUGGAACUUGGAAAGCAAGGAAUACGUUUUGUAUCUCUGAAAAGCAAAAACAUUGACUGCUAAAUUGGUUAUUAGCUGCAGUGUAUUUUACAACUCUGAAUGCCAAGAGCAUGAGCAGCUGCUGUUGAUUCUCAUGGUUGUUCUUCUUUGGUGGGCUAAAAGGAAGUACUGAUCGCUGCAGGUCAAAAUUUCAAGGUUACUGCACAUUGCAUCGUGUAUUUGCUGCAAGUUUGUUUUCAUUUUUACCAGACUUACAUAUAAGGAGUUGGUUGGUUCUGUUUUAUUGUUAUCUUUCAUUUCCUGGUGUACAAAUUCUCUUUUCUGGUCACAGGUAGAACACCGUUUUUGGUGGUACUUUGGAUUAAUCUUGCUGGAUUUGCAGUUUUAAUGUAAAAUUACUAGAGAUAAGAUGCUCCUACUGGUUGUAACUGAGGGCAGAUGACAUUAUCAUACUAUAAUAUACUAAUAUAGGAUAGCCAGUUGAGCUCCGUUUAAUAAGAAUUGCCUGAAAUAUUUCAGAUA